UCUCGCUCAUAGUAUAAAGCCGCCAGCAUCUCCUUCGCUCUGCUCUGUGCUGUCCCUGCUGAAACACAAAUUAUAUUCUGCUCAGCUCCGUUCGGAAGAUGAGCAGCGGAUGGUGCUCGAGGUCUUCUCCUUUUUUUAAUGCAAAGCAUUUUGUCAGGCACAGUUUUGUCAAGGCUGUAGAGCAAAUAUUGACUCCUACGCUAAUCGCCGUCUUGUCUGAAUGAAGUUACUCUUUCCUCCUCUAAAGCAAAAGCCCUGAAUGGAAGGUUGUGAGACAGACUAGAAAUAACAGCUGGAAUCUCACUACGAGGAGCAGCACUGGAACAAAAAUAAAUGAAAACGAACUCAUCAAAAGGAGAGGAAGCUACAAGUACGGUGGAUUGAUCAUCUGUGGCCAUUUGAUGACCAAGCUCAUAGAGGAUUUUAUCUGCCUCUCACUCACUCAGCAUACACUCAGCUCGUUCUCAACACAUCCCCAGGACUGACUGGAUGCUUAUCUCACAAGUCAGAAACACAGCAUGCUUUAGAGCUCGGAGGAGUAACGUGGUGGCAGCUGAGGAGUCUCUACUCUAAAGAAAAGAAGCACUUUCUUCUCUCUCAUUCUUCCUCUGUCCUUCUGUUUCCUUUUCACACGAGCACAUGGGAUUUAGGAUUUCUGUCCAUAUUCCUACUAUUGACCAUUUUUAAUACACCUUGCUACUUUUCCCUGUUUAUCUAACUGAUCUCUUUCACUCUUCAGUUUCUUUUUUUCACAUUAACCAGCUUUCCUUCUGCAAUUUCAUCCUAUCCUGCACCCCACCCCCUCUGACUUUCCACUUGUUUCAGCCCAUCUUUCUUGAUAUUUUUCCCUCUUUCCCCAUAUUUACUUUACUGCUUUCUCCAUUCCAAGUCAUUUUCCGCCCCUUACCUUUGCCUGAGUGCAGACGGCACUCACUGCAUACAAACUGCACACUCUUACACAUCUCUUCCUCACACAACCUGCUCCUCUCACUUAUUCUCUCACCUCACUCAUAAACAUCCCUCCCGCUCUCUCACGAUGUACCCCUCCGAGGAGCUGUGGAACUCCACCGAGCAUGCCUGGAUCAACAGAUCCGAGGCAAACUUCUCCCUGGGAAGACAUGGGGACGAUGAGGAGGAGGAGGGAGAUCAGCAUCCUUUCCUCACAGACGCCUGGCUGGUCCCUCUGUUCUUCUCCCUUAUCAUGCUGGUCGGACUAGUGGGCAACUCUCUGGUUAUUUAUGUCAUUUCCAAACACAGGCAGAUGAGGACAGCAACCAACUUCUACAUAGCUAACCUAGCUGCCACUGACAUCAUCUUCCUAGUGUGCUGCGUCCCCUUCACUGCCACCCUCUACCCCCUCCCUGGGUGGAUCUUUGGCAACUUCAUGUGCAAAUUUGUCGCCUUUCUGCAGCAGGUGACAGUACAAGCCACCUGUAUCACCUUGACAGCUAUGAGUGGAGACCGCUGUUAUGUGACAGUCUACCCUCUGAAAUCUCUGCGCCACCGCACCCCAAAAGUAGCCAUGAUUGUCAGCGUCUGCAUUUGGAUUGGCUCCUUGAUUCUGUCCACCCCGAUUCUGAUGUACCAGCGUAUAGAGGAGGGUUACUGGUACGGCCCGAGGCAGUACUGCAUGGAGAGAUUUCCCUCUAAGACGCAUGAGAGAGCUUUCAUCCUCUACCAGUUCAUUGCUGCCUACCUCCUGCCUGUGCUCACUAUCUCCUUCUGCUACACUCUGAUGGUGAAGAGGGUCGGCCAGCCCACUGUGGAACCUGUAGACAACAAUUAUCAGGUGAACCUCUUGUCUGAGAGAACAAUCAGUAUCAGGAGCAAAGUCUCCAGGAUGGUGGUGGUGAUUGUCCUCCUCUUCGCCAUCUGCUGGGGUCCCAUCCAGAUCUUCGUCCUUUUUCAAUCUUUCUAUCCAAACUAUCGUCCCAACUACACCACAUACAAGAUCAAGACGUGGGCCAACUGCAUGUCCUAUGCCAAUUCCUCUGUCAACCCUAUAGUUUAUGGCUUCAUGGGAGCCAGCUUUCAAAAGUCCUUCAGGAAAACCUUCCCAUUCCUGUUCAAGCGCAAGGUCAGAGACAGCAGCAUGGCUUCGAGGACUGCCAAUGCCGAGAUCAAGUUUGUAGCUGCAGAGGAAGGCAACAAUAAUAAUGGAGUGAAUUGAUUCAGACCAUUGAAAUUAGGCAGAAUGAGAUUAUUGUUUGUAUCUAAAGCUCGGAGAAAAUUACAAUAAUGAUAAAUGCCAGCCAUGAGUUCAUUGCGUAAAAGCCUUCACAGAGCAACUGGCUAAUUUCAAAGGUACACACCAUGCUUUGGCAGACAAGUUCUAAUUUUUGUUAAUGAAUACAACUGAUUAACAAACUGAUGUGGGGAAACACGGACAAACAGUGCAGAUCGACAACACGGUGUUUGGCACAGUAUACGACCUGUUCCAUUGCCAAGGCCAGCCAGUGUUGGCGUACAACAUGAACCAGUGUUCUGCCAAACACCACAGACAAAUAACAGAAGACAGUCACACACAUCUGAUGAAGAAAGACGAUCAUUUGGCCUGAAAGCUGCUGGCAGGAGUCCUAAUCCCUGUAAGAUCUCAUCAGGUCUGCAGCUUUGGUAUAAACAGUUCAGCAUUUGGACAGAUGACGAUUACAUACAGUGUAUUAGACCACAUCGGAAAAGACUGAACACUAAACGUUAAAUGGUGAAUUUUGAAUGAAGAUUUGAAUUUAACGCUAUGGAAUGGAUGUUUGUGGAUUUGUUUUUGUUUUUCUAUGACAUUUGUUUCUUCACUGGAAUCAGAGAGAAUAAUUUAACUGGAAACACUUUCUGUAUCUAUCAUUCAGAAAAAAAACAGUGAUUUAGUGCUUUAAACCAAUAGUCUGACAUUUUGAAAAUACACAGAUUUUCUUUCUUUGCAGGGAGUGGGACCUUCUCUGUUAACUCUCUGCAAAGAAAGCAAAUUGAUUCAGGGAGAAAUAGAUGGCUUUGCUCUCUGUAGAUUAAAAAAAAGCACUAUCAAAACCUCUAAGCUCAAUAAUUAACACACACCUUGUUGUUUUAAAAUGACUCCAUCAAGUAACGGUGGAGUUAAGUGACGAUCGGCGUACGUUUGUUUUUCUCUCUGUUUGUCUGUCAGCAACAUUACUCAAAAAUGGACAAACAGAUUUGGAUUAAUUUUUCAAGGACGGUCAGAAAUUACACUAAAACCAAGUGAUUAGAUUUUGGAAGUGAUGUGACUUAUGUAGUCUGGAUUUGUUAAAGAUUUCUGAAUCAUUGCGAGAUAACCGUACACAGUCACUGUAACUAUGACAACAAGUGAACACUAAGUCAGCUGCCUGCUGAUGAUCACAGGAUUGUGAUCCUACUACAAAUGGACCGCUGCAGACUUACCAGGACUUAUCUGUCAGAAAUGAUUCAAGGAACAACUGAUUAAAUUGUGGGGGUGUUGUGGAGUCCCAUCAAUUCCCACCACCCGCUACAUAUUUAGGUCACAUGAUUCAGUAUCCAUACAUAACAUACACAUACACACUCUGUUCAAGGUCACCCACAUUUUGUUUGUGGGUGCAUCUUUAUUAAAUGGCCACAUCCUAUAGUGCCGUGAUUUCUGCCAUGAAUUUUUUCAAGAUUUCAUCCGUUGGAAAUGAUACGACUGAGCAACCUUGGCAGAGUACUGCAUUUUCUGAGUGCUUUUCUUGUUGUUUUAAUGAUUCUGAUAAACAUAUUUAGCUGUUACUUCCUGCAUUCAGUCUUUAUACUAAGCCAUUUGCUUCUUUGCUCUAGCUGCAUAUGUACAAUGCAAUCAGGUCAUAUUGAAGUUAUUGUAAAUGGGGAUUUGCAACUUGUUAAUAGCAUUCACUUAAAAAAAACGUGGACUCCCCAUGUCAGCUCACUGACCAGUGUACUUAUAUUAGAAUUAAUGGACUGUAUUUUUGACUUUUUGUGUCUUCAUUUCCAGCUAUGUACUGUGUUUCUGGGGUGUCCAUCUGUCCGUACAUCUAUCCCAUUCUCAUAAAUCGAUUCAAUAACGAAUUGAAUAGAAGUUACUGGUCAAAGGUCACUGUGUCACAAGACUCACAAAACAUGUAUUUGGCCAAAAAUCAAGAAUUCACAGAAAUUAUGACAGAAUUUGACAAAAGAAAUGGAUAAAAUGAUGAUGUGAUGACCUUUUAGAUCCAAAAGGUGCAACUGUUACAUGACUGCUUGAUGGAGGCAUACCCUAAUUCUGUUCAAUCCUUAAAUGACCAGCUUUCUUAUCAUACAACCAUCUUUAGCUUUUCGAACGACAUAUCUCUAAGCCUGACAGCAAACAAGCAAAAUUUCCAAAAUGUCAUGCUAUUCAUUUAAAAACUGAGGCUGUAUCUUGAUUCUGUCUUUUUUUUUUUUUUUUUUGUGAAGUGGAUCUGUAGGUGGAGCAGCUCUUCUUUUUGUAACCCAAACAACCAAAACACACUUCUUAGUUAAUGUAUCUCCACAGAGGCUGCUGUUGAGGUAAUAUCCAUCUGUAUUAGUUGCAAAUACAAUGGAACAAGAUGACUUGUUUUUCCACAUUCAGCCAGCUGUGGACUUGUGAGCUCAAACAUUAUGGCUUUCUGUUUGUUAAGAAUCCAGUGAGAGGUAGCAUCCAGCUGAAUGUUUGAGUUUCUCCGCCACCAAGUGUGAUUUGUAGAAGCUGAAUGAGGCAGAGGCCACAACCGGUGAAGCACAGAUAGUGUUUAGUUUUCUUUUGUGCCCCACACACAAAUGUUCCCAUCCAGGUGUUGUUUACUGGAAUCAGCUGUCACAUCUUCUCUGAGAAACAUCCUUGCACAAUCGUGCUCAGACUAAACUGCAAAUGGUGGAGGUGACUCAUAUGGCUGGUGCCCCAUGCCGGGAGAGCAUUUCUAAGGAUUUCUAACGUGUUCAGAGAGCAGCCAUCUGGCUAUAGAAAUACAGCAUAUCACAGUUAUAUAUCUACAAGGCCUUUGCCAGCUCUCCACUGUGGAUAUACAGUCCUUUUCUAUCCAUCCCACGCACGAACAUUCAAAAUCAGAAUGCCAAUCAUGGCCCAUAGAAAACGUGUUAAUGCAAUUUUCAUUUGAAUUGCAGAUACUGUAGGCAUUGCUGUCAUCAGCAGUCCAUUUGAAUAACAUUAAAGUCUCUUGAAAGGAAACCAAAGAGCUUUUGGCUGCCAUAAUUAGUCAUAAAUAGGUAACAGGAAGGUUACUAUUACCUGAGAGAAACAGCAGGCACAUUUUGUGAAAAUAACAGGACAAACAUUUGGCUACAGCCUCUGAAUGUAACUAAACUUAAUGCAACCUGACAUGCUUAUCAGUAGAUGCUAACUGUAUGUAUCACAGGAUACAGUUACAUGAAUCAACCAGUUUUUGUUUUGGUUAAAGCAAAUAUCUUGACUUUCCUUUUUAUCAAAAUUCAUUUGAGCCGUUCUCUUUUAGGGCUGCACAGUGGCUCGGUGGUUAGCACUUUCACCUUGCAGCUAGAAGGGCCGCGGUUCGUGUCCUUCCCUUCUAUUCUCUUUGGAGGAUCUUUCUGAUUUCUGAUUGUUUGUUUGUAUAUGUAACCCUGUGAUAGGCUGGUGACCUGUCCAUGGUGUCCCCUGCUUUUACCCUUAGUCAGCUGGGAAAGACUACAGCCCCCUGCGACCCUAGUGAGGAUUAAGCGGCGUAUAGAUAAUGUUCAGAUGUUCUCUUUUAGCAGGAUGUGAUUAAACCUCCAUCUAUAAUUAUAACAUCAUAAAAAGUCCACCAGCAAAAGGACAUGUCACUCAGAGUCCUCAGCAAAUAGAAUAAAUUACGUUGUAUAAAGUGCAUUGGAAAGCCAUUUAUUUUUAACUGAGCGCUGCUGUAAAACAUGCCUUAACAUGUUUCAUGCUAAUGACUGCUUAUUGCUUUUUAAUGUGUACUAAUUGUGCUUGUAUUCCUCCACAUGGUGCAAUGUGCAUCCAUUAGGACCAAAGUCAUGAAUAAUAUGUGGAUUACUGUGCAAACGUCUGAUGCACUUCAGAUGCUGAGAGUCUUAUUUGUCACACAAUACCAUCAGGGAGGCAUCUCAUCAGUCCUGAAAUAAUUCUGCACCAUGACAAUGAUCUCAAACCUACAGCUGGUGUCAUGAAUAACUUCAGAUCAAGGAGGCCUGCAGCAGAUGGUGCAGCCUCCACAGAGCGCUGAUCCCAACGUCAUGGAGUCAUUCUGGGUUUACAGGAAGAGACCGAGGACACUGAGACAGUUUGAAUACACAGAAAAGAUGCUGAAUUACCAACCUGCCGACUGCUUUGACAAACUGUGCUGUUGCUGUCUAAAGGACAAGGGUGGUGACCCCAGAUAUUGAUUUGAUGAGGGGUUUUUUUCUGUGUACUGGACUUUAUAUUAUGGUAUUAAGUAAAAAACUAUUCAUGGCCUUAUUUUUUGAAAACAUUCUCACUUUAUUUUUACUGCUCUACAGGUUUGCUCAGCACUGUAUGUUUUGUUAUGCUUCUUCAGAGACUGUGAUUCUGUUAUAUGUUCAAACAAAUCGUCCGUCUAUGUUUAGCUUUAACCUCUUUGUACAAUAAAAUAUGGUCACCUUUUGAUGUACCUGUAAGCCAUUUCAAAACAAAGCAAUGAAUGUGGUGAAAACGACCAGCAGUGACGACUUCAUUUUUCCUCAGGGUUAUGUAGAAUCGUGUCUGCAGGAAAUUUGCUUUCAGAUUUUGAACAGAGAUAAAGAGGUAAUUGAACCAUUUUAAUCUGCAGUCAUUUUGGAUGUAGCUGUAGAGUGUCUGCAUAACAUCGUAUUAGCUGAAUGAAGGCUAGACAUUUGCACUGGAAGUCAUCUGGAAACAAUUUCUUUCUUUAUUGUUGAUCAUUAAACAAAAUGAAUUUGUCAGUUUAA